CGAGCAGAUAAGAGAACUGGCUUAUUGGCUGACUGCUGCCUGUAGCCCACUUUUUUUUAAUCAGACACAAGAGGUCUUACCGUUUGUGCUACAGGGUGAAAAACAACGACACCGCACCCCCAGGAGCUACCGAGAAGACGGUAGCAUGAUAGUCGUGGAGGGGGAUCGGCAGGAAGAGGGCCCGUAUCUGCAUUUCACUUCGCCUACACCGAAUUCAUUGAGUCGGUAACCAGCGUCCGACAUGGGGAAGGAGGUAAAUGGUGUUUCGCGGAGUCGGUUUGAGAUGUUCACAAACAGCGAUGAGGCGGUCAUCAAUAAGAAGCUGCCCAAGGAGCUGUUGUUACGAAUCUUCUCCUUUCUGGAUGUGGUGACACUCUGUCGCUGUGCCCAGGUUUCACGGUCCUGGAAUGUUCUGGCCUUGGAUGGCAGCAACUGGCAACGAAUCGACCUGUUUGACUUUCAGAGGGACAUUGAGGGUCGGGUGGUGGAGAACAUUUCAAAGCGAUGUGGCGGGUUCCUUAGGAAGCUGAGUCUGAGGGGUUGCCUGGGUGUGGGCGACAGCGCCCUGCGGACUUUCUCGCAGAACUGCAGAAACAUCGAGCUACUUAGUCUGAAUGGAUGCACUAAGAUCACUGACAGCACGUGUAAUAGCCUCAGUAAGUUCUGUCCAAAGCUGAAGCACCUGGACCUCUCCUCCUGUACCUCAAUCACCAACCUGUCACUCAAAGCUCUCAGUGAGGGUUGUCCCCUGCUGGAGCAGCUCAACAUCUCCUGGUGUGAUCAGGUCACCAAGGAUGGCAUCCAGGCCCUGGUGCGUUCCUGCCCUGGACUCAAAGGCCUUUUCCUCAAGGGCUGCACACAGCUGGAGGAUGAGGCUCUGAAACAUAUCGGGGCUCACUGUCCAGAGCUGGUCACACUCAACUUGCAGACAUGCUCACAGAUCACAGACGAAGGACUCAUCACAAUUUGCCGGGGUUGUCACCGCCUGCAGUCUCUGUGUGUGUCUGGCUGUGCCAAUAUCACAGACGCCAUCCUGCACGCCCUGGGACAGAACUGCCCUCGCCUCAGAAUAUUAGAAGUGGCUCGCUGCUCUCAGCUUACAGACGUGGGCUUCACUACAUUAGCGAGGAAUUGUCAUGAGCUUGAGAAGAUGGAUUUAGAGGAAUGUGUGCAGAUCACAGAUGGAACACUCAUACAGCUGUCUAUCCACUGCCCUCGUUUGCAAGUCCUGAGCCUGUCUCACUGUGAGCUGAUCACUGAUGACGGCAUCAGACACCUCGGCAGCGGUCCCUGUGCUCACGACCGUCUGGAGGUGAUCGAGCUGGACAAUUGCCCCCUGAUCACAGACGCCUCGCUGGAGCACCUGAAGAGCUGCCACAGCCUGGACCGCAUCGAGCUCUACGACUGCCAGCAGAUCACUCGCGCCGGCAUCAAGAGACUAAGGACCCAUCUGCCUAACAUCAAAGUGCAUGCAUACUUCGCUCCCGUCACUCCUCCCCCCUCCGUCGGGGGCAGCCGCCAGAGGUUUUGCCGCUGCUGUGUCCUUCUAUGAUGUAAAGACAACAAUCCCCCUUUCCUCCCCCACCCUCUUGUCCCUCGUACACGUUCCCCGCAGCCCGUCGCUUGACCCCCCGACCUGCAGAGUACAUGCUGGUGUGUGUGUCCCCACCCCCAUCCCCCCUUUGGAGCUGCAGAGAGAGGGGAGAGGAAAAAAAAUUAACAAAAACAAAAACAUUCCCGAAUCUCUUCGCCACACAGUACAUGCACAACGGGCUUUUACACAAGCUCAUAUGCAGACACAUACACAGAUAGAAGAAUGUCAGAACAAUCCUGGUCUGUGUGUUCAGUGGACAAACCAGUAUUACAAAGAGGGUCGUGUAAAAAUCAGACGUGAUCGCCGCUGUUAAGGGAUUUUACUCUUCAUCAAGUGCAAACGAACUGCGUGAGAAGAUCUUAUGAUUUCGAAAUAAAAACAGCAUCUUUCCGUAUCUGAAGGGAGCUGUACUCUUUACUUAUUUAGCACUUUAGCACUCUAGACACAGAUUACAGUUAUAGCCUUCAGACAGAUUACACAUACUUCCCUCCAUACUGAAGGUCACUUAACAGCUACCUCCAGACAGGAACUGCACUUGAGUAAGACCUGUGUUAUUCUGCAGGCUGUUUAUUUAAAAAAAAAAAAAAAAAAACAAGAAAGGGGGGGUGGGGGUGCAGAUGCAGCCAGUAAACUCCUGACGACCCCCCAAACACACACGUAGAAACAGCAGAAGGCUUGUUUUGUGAUUUAUUUUAUUUUUUAAAGCAUACUUGCAGCUAUUUGCACUGACAGUAAAGCUCAGAAUUUAAGACCGGCAUUCAACUAACCACACAAACACACACCUUCACUUACACGCACACACUGAGCUUGCUACACCCGUACCUCCACCCCUCUCUCUCUCGCUCUCUCCGUCUCUCUGUUACAAUCAGAAGCUUCAAUAUCCUAAAGGAGAAAAAAAAGACAAAGUUUAAUAUUUUUCUAAAAAUGGACACCAAUUAAGACUCGCAAGCGUGGACUCGAGAAGAUGCCAAAUGUUGCAUGUAACACCUCUAGUUUUUUAAAAUCUAAUUGUAAAUAUAUUGUGGACGUGUGGAGUCCGAGGGUCGAAGCCAGCUAAACAACAGAUGCGAUGGGGCAGAGACUGUUGUCGACGGGUCUUGUGAAGGGAUCUGCGGUGAAGCUCGCACAUGGAUCCGUGUUGGAACAAGUGCUGGUCCUUUUUGACGGUCCGAAUGAGCCGGCGCCCGAUCUGGCGUUUGGCCGAAGAACCGAUGCUGGCCUGUGAAAGCUCACGUCAACAACAGAAAAGUUCUGAGGACAAAAAAAAAAAAAAAAGUCUGACAUCACUACAUAAAUUCACGCUGUCAGACCAGGACAACGGAAAGAAAAAGCCAACUGAAAACAAUCAAAGUACGUCUAUUUUUCAGUUAGUUUGACUUCAUUUAGUUGCUCUUGUUUUCGCAUUUCGGUGAAGGUUCUGAUGACAAGGAACUCGUGAACCAGUGGUGAGAGGACGUGCCCGACUUUGGUACGGCAUCGGCGACUCCUCGACUCCUAUGAGGCCUUGCAGGGGACGGAGUGACAGCAUGUUUGCACCCUGCCACCUGUGACCUCCUCCUCUUCCUCCUCCAUCUGUUUGGGACCAGUGACUUCCGCCGGUGGACUCGCUGCAAGAGGAUGUCAACUGAAUCUUGAGUGCACAACUCUGGCCUGCUGACAGAUAUGAUGGAUUUUUGUCACAGCGGAGGGCUACAGUGGACUUCUGUCUCCCCGACCCCUCGCCCUAUGAAGUAUUGAAGCCUUUCUUUUGGAUUAUCUUCUCCUGCACUUGCACCUGCUUUAUUCUGUGUGUCUUUUUCUUCCCAUUUCGUUUUAUAAAUGUGACUUUUUACUUGCGUUUCCUCUGGAUUCUCAACCUUUUCUCCUCUUUUGCGUUUCAGUUUUGGUGUGGUUUGGAUUUGCGCCUGCUUUGUGUUUCUGAAGCCACAAGUUCAGUGUGUCCAAGUUGAGUUUGAGUCCACUUCCAGUCCUCAGUUUUGAUCUGAUGGUGUUUGUGUUUUUAUUAAGAGUUUAUUGUUACUAAAUGUCAGGAGUGUAGCCUUUGUCCAGGGGAGGUGUUGGCACCAGUGCAAUUGUGAUAAAUGUUCAAAUUUGAGUUGAAUUUUUUUUUUCUUUUUUUUUUUUAAAUGUGAGUUGAGGAGGAGUUCAUGAUGACAUGUAUGUAUGAUGUAGGUUCUACUUAUUGAAUGUUUCCACCAAGGAGAAGUGCUCAGGAUGGCUGUUGAGGCAUCAGAUUUCUUUUUCUCAUGCGUGUGCUUUCCUCUCCUUAAUUUUCAUGCCUUGCUUUUCCAAACACCCCCCCCCACCAGCCCAUCAAAGGAGCAGAAAUGGCUAAACCCAGUGUGGAAUGUUGAUCUCUCUCAAACGUACCCCGUUCGCCAACAUGCAAAACGACGGUUCAGUUCACUUUUGUGAUUUGACAGGCACGUCAGGCAGGAUAAUGAAAGCUGAGAUGAAUCCAGUGUAAUCCAGUCUGAUCUGUUUUGUUUGACUGGAGAUUUACGGAGGAUUAAGGGACAACUAAGAGUCAAAAUGGCGGAGAUAUCUAAUGUAGUCUGUCACUGUGCUACAGGGGGGUUAAGACAGUUAUCCAGUUGGAGGAGAAAGGAGAAGUUGUAGGAUUUAGACCCAUGAGUCUGGUUGUGACACCUGCUUGCCCUCUUCAUGUCGUCGCACAGGCUGAGUCGUCAAAUGCAGCUACAACAACAUGCGCUUUGAAGGGAUUACAGGUGAUAAUACUCAACCCGCUCCUGAUGGUUUCAUAUGUACAAAAAGAAGCAACCCGUCAGUCUUUUCAUGCUACAAAACACUACAGCACAGGCUCUGCAAAGUCUGCAAACACCAGACUUCUGUUUCCCCUCACAGCAUCUAACACCUCAGUGUCCUUCUGUCAGACCUUCCACCAGUUUACACGGAAGUCGAGCUCCGACGCUCUGGAUCUCGUUUCGUACGUGUUCGCUCUCAAACACUGGAGUGAGGUUGGGGAUUAGGACAAGAGGGCAAGAGGUGGAUCUACAGUCUGUUCUAAUUGACGCCUGAGAAAUUUCAAAAAAACUGUUUUGACAAUGACUGUAGCUCAUAUAAUUAUUGUAAAUCUUUUCCAUUUUUCUUUCUUUCUUUUUUUUUUUUACAAUUAACCGAUAUAAAUGAAUAUGUACGUAUGAAUAAAUAUAUACCUAUAUUA